GUCAAGUUUUUUCUAAAACAACAUCGAGAUGUGAUAACUAUGUUACCUUUGUUGUCGUUAAAAAAUUUUUUUGGUCCGUCGGUCGAGGUGUUAAUUAAUGAUUAACGAUGCAAAUGUUGUCGCCUCGCGGCUCGGUGGUUCCGUCCCGUCGUGUCCGUCUGCAUUACGAAUCCGUAAUGCACCGGUAGGUCCUCCCCCGUCGUCUCCGUUCCCUGGGGCACAAAGGCAGCGAUUACGGGCCGUUAAUGUGACGAGAACCCCACCUGGUGCACGGAGGACUGGUCAAUCGCGUGCGAUCGGUCGAACGAGCAGGAUUGCCGAGCGAUCUGUCGACGGAUCGAGCCCGUUCUUUUUAACUCUUCUCUUUUGCAUAGUUCUACUCUGUUGCGUGCAAUUCUGAUAACGGUCGCUUCCGCGAUCCGCUUCUCGGACGAACGGAUAACCAGAGAAACGCGUAUGUACAGUGUCGUCGGAACUCGCGUGGUUCCUUCCAAGUUUGUAACGCGACACGACUGUAAACAAAGACGAAAAAGAGUGCUCGUGUUCCACGACAAACAGUGAACCCGUACGGUUUCGUGUAUCGUAGGCGCGAAGUGGACCAAUUAGCGAGGAGGAACAUCGUCAUGUAUCCAGAUGUGCAGAAAAUGGAACGAAAACACGACGGACUGAUUUUAACGCUCGCCGAGCUUUGCCUUUUAUUGGCUUUGACAGUACAGAACGUUCAUGCAUAUCCAUACCCAAGUAGUCAAAAAGGCGAGGAUGGUGGACGAUCGUCUCUGCAGACAUCGAACGAUUUCGAUGAAUGGUUUGCCAACGAUGAUAGAUCGAACAGUAGAGUUCGAAGAAAUGCUUCGGACGCGUCCUCGAAACCUCUGGCAAGAAGUUUUCUAGGUUCGUCGUUGCAGGAGAUGCAGUCGGAUGGUAAGAUUGUAUUUCCCGGAGAAAUAAAUCAAGUUCCGGUUUGCAAGGGGAAUACGUACUGCGAGAAGUUGAACACUUAUCCUGAAGAAUUAGUGACUACCGCGAUUAGACGCAAUGAAACUCUCAAGUACCUGGCGGGUGUAGACGUGCUAUCCGAUGUGGAGCAGAGGAUCGACUCUGUAGACGACGCGCCUCUCUGCGUAUCCACCGAGCAAGUUAUAUUUCCCCAAUCGGCGGAGAAUAAGGACAGUCAAUGGAAAUACAUUGCAAAUCAGGAUAACUUCAAGCAGGGUGUGAGGAUUGAAAAGUGUAGCAAAGAGAACGUCAGUUGCAAUCUAAUUGGUAAUCUCGCCGAGGGUUACAAAACAAAUUGCAAACAGAAAUACGUGUAUAGACAACUUGCCGCAGUAUUAUCGGAUGGUUCUGUUGUCCCGGACAGAUUCAUAUUUCCAUCGAGUUGCUGCUGCCAUAUAUUGUUCACUGCAAAUCCGUACAUAAGGAUGGGUCUCAUGAGCGGAGAACCGAAAAGAAACGUUACGCCUAUUAAGACACGCAGGAGGAAAUGAACGCUUUAAGGUCAGCUCUUUUACAGAGCUUUUUAAUCGAUAUACCUUUGACUCUCAGAGAGACUUUAGACAAAUAUAUAUAUUUAGAGUACAUAAAACUGUUAACGAGAAACGAAUCGCGAGAAGCAUUCCAUAGAUUGGAAAAAAAUAUUUCAAAUUCUUGUAGCGAACAAUCGAAAUGUCUCUAAAAGAAUGUAUGCAUACACGAGCUCAAGAAAGAUUUGUACAUAUCGAGAUCGCGUUCCUUUGUAAAUUACCAGCUUGUAAAUAACGUAAUUUCGUCAAAAGUAUAAAAUACAAUAUAAUAUACGCGAAAUAAUCUACCAGCUUAGCCGGUGAAGUUAAGAAACUCGCAGGUGUUUCUUUGAUAAUCCAUGGAUCUAUGGAUAAAUAAACCAUAAUUUAAGAGAGCAGCAUGGCUGUCGGUGUACGUAAAAUCAUGUAUUUAAUGGUAAAGUACAAUUUAAUUAGAUGCGUUUACGUACACGAAUUUCUGACUGCACAUUUUUUUUUUUUUUUUUCUUUAUGCGAAUAAUUUGUAUUUGAGGGACGAAGUGAGUCUCUAAAGCGAACAUAGAUCUAUAUCAUGUGAUACUAUGUGAUAUUAUAGUCAAUGAGAUCGAUGUUGUGAUCGUUAAUUUAGAAAUAUUAUGUUUUUUAUAUCCAAUUUCGACAAUAAUAAGUAUUCUUCUGCGGUUUAGAAGAAAAAGAAACAAGCAAAUGCAGUGCGAGGCAUUUUAAGAAAUGAUAAUAUACUCGUUAUUGGUGAGGUACAAUAUUAGAUACAUACAUAUAUAUAUAUAUAUACACACACACAGUCUGCUUUUAGCGGAUAGAUAUAAAAAUUGCUAUAUGUAUAUGUAUAUUUACCAGUUACAAA